ACUCCGGAUCUGCAGAAGAGAAACCCUGACCUUCGCAGCAACAUGAAGAGUUCACUGAUAGUCCUUGCUCUCGUAGCAGUGGUCGCUGCCGAUAAAAUCCCAGCUUCGUUGUCCCAGGAAAGUGUCCUGCGGUAGACAAGAAGGCCUUCUUCGACCUGCAGAGAUUUGCUGGAGUGUGGUAUGAAAUUGCGUUGACCAAGAACCCAUACCAGCUCCUUCAUCAAUGCGUGCGCAACGAAUUUUCUUUUGACGGCAAUAAGAUCAGCGCCAAGUCGACCGGGAUCAGCGCUGACGGAAGGACGGCGAGGCGCCACGGACAGAUCGCGCCGAUGCCUCUGGGAGAAGCCAACCUGUCCAUCGACUACGAGGAAUCCUUCAUGGCGCCUUUCGUCAUCCUGGACACGGACUAUGACAACUUCGCCUGCAUUCACUCGUGCAUAGACUUCAGCCAAGGCUACUUGGCGGACUUCGCCUUCAUCUUCUCCCGCUCACCAAGCAUGUCGGACAAGCACCUGAAGCGCUGCGAAACCGCCUUCAGGAACAUCGGUCUGGAUACCUCCCGCUUCACCAAGACCGUCCAGGGACACUCAUGUCGCUACGAGACCCACAUGGCUUUCUGAGGUCUUCGAGAAGCUCUUUCAUCUCGUGUUUAUUAAUCACAAUAAACUGUUAUGUUUG